GGAAGGGGGCGGGGCGGCCAUAGUAAACCGCCGGCCCCGCCACCGCGCGUGCGCACAACGUUGUUUCUCCGGCGGGGUUUGUUAUAUAGGCCGGCGGUCAGCUGACGCUCCCGCAUUGCAGACGGCUCAACCUGGGAGAAAAGGAGGUUAUGGCACGACUCCCUGGCUUCCUCGCCCUUCUAGGCUGUGUGGCUGCAGCUCUGGCAAAUCCCGUUGUAUUUCAGAAAGAUUGUGCACGGGGCCCUGAAGUAUGGUGUGAGAACUUAAAAGUAGCUUCACAUUGUAACGCUGUUAAGCACUGUCAACAAAAUGUCUGGAACAAGCCUACAGUGGAAAGCAUCCCUUGUGAUCUAUGCAAAGAUAUUGUAACAGUGGCUGGGAAACUCUUGAAGAGUAAUGGCACAGAGGAGGAAAUCCAUGAUUACAUGAGUAAGGCCUGUGAGUUUCUUUCGGAUCAAGGCCUAGUAUCUGAAUGCAAGGAGAUGGUGGAUUCUUACCUGCCCACCAUUCUGGACAUGAUUAAGGGGCAGCUUGAUGAGCCAGGAGCUGUGUGCAGCGCGCUCAAAUUGUGCCAGUCUCUUCAGAAGCACCUGGCAUCAGUGAAACUGCAGAAGCAGCUUCAGUCAAACAAGAUUCCUGAACUAGACUUCUCUGAACUGGCAUCUCCUUUUAUGGCUAAUGUGCCACUUCUUCUUUAUCCCCAGGAGCAGCCCAAAGAAAAGUCUCGGAGGAGUGGGGAUGUAUGUAAAGACUGCGUUCAGUUGGUAACUGAUGUUCAGGAAGCCGUGAAGAACAAUUCAACCUUUGUGCAACUGCUGAUUCAGCAUAUACUAGAUGAAUGUGAGCACUUGGCGCCUGCUGAGGUUGAUAAGUGCAAAGAUUACAUCUCCCAGUAUUCAGACCUGGCUGUUCAGUUACUUGUGCAGAUGUCACCACAGUCCUUAUGUACCAUGGUUGGAUUCUGUUCUUCUCUGAAAUCUGUGCCUCUCCAGACUCUGGUACCAGCCAAAACCAUCCAUGAAGUGAAGGCAGAACCCCUUGAGAAUAGCCUGAGUCAAUCAGAGUCUCUCUCUCUCUGUGACGCAUGUGAGAUCAUGGUGGAAGAGGUGGCCAGCCUUCUAGAGAGCAAUAAGUCUGAGGAGGAGAUGGUGCAUGCAAUGGAGGCAGUUUGUGAUGUGAUGCCUGUAAAAGUAAGAGAGGAGUGCAAGAGCUUUGUGGAAGUCUAUGGCAAAGCGAUCAUUGAUAUGCUGCUGGAGGCAACCGAUCCCAAAUUGGUAUGCGUUAUGCUGAGAUGCUGUGUGAACAAGGCUGUUCCUGCUGAGAAAAUUGCUCCAGUGCAAUCACAGGGAGGUGACAUUUGUGAUGUGUGCAAAAUGGUUGUAGCCUAUUUGGACAAACAACUACAAAAGAAUUCUACGACUGUGGAAAUUGAGGAAGCUCUUGAAAAAGUCUGCCGCAUGUUGCCAGCAUCUUACUUUGAUCAGUGUGAUCAGUUUGUGAAGCAGUAUGAACCGACGGCUGUGGAGCUUUUGGCAGAAAUGAUGGAUCCUGGUUUUGUGUGUGAUAAACUUGGUGUUUGUUCAAAGCCUCUGUUGGGAUCAGAAAUGUGUGUUUGGGGACCUGGCUAUUGGUGUAAGAACAUGGAAACAGCAACUAAGUGUAAUGCUGUCGACCACUGCAAGCGUCAUGUGUGGAACUAAGAAAACUCCCAUUUGGGUAAUAUUUUUUCUUGAAGAAAACAAGAGGAGAGGGUUAGACUGGCAGAACUAAAUCCUGGUGUCCUUAUUUCCCCUCCUCUCAAAUCUUAAGUAACUUUUUGUGAUUUUCUUUGGUGUAGCAGUGCUACUACUGUGGAAUGAUCCACAAUGUUGAUCUGAUGCUAUUUCUGACUCCAGUUUUUAGUUCCUUUAUGGUACAUGAAAUGCAGCUAUUUAGCGAAGUUGUUCAAUUAGCUGAGUGCCUUUAAGAGUAGAAGUAAAUGAAAGGCACCCCAACCCCGUGUCUGACUUUAAAAAUCAGUGAGAAUUUUUUUUAAAGGGCACUCUUGCUGUUGGAUGAUUUGCUAGAGUAAGUGUGCUGGUCGUUACAAGUGGGAAUCAUUUCAACUCUCAUUUUACCCAGUUCCUGGGUAGAAGACCCCCUUAAAUUCAGUCCUGCUUGCUGGGAUAAAGCUGCAUCAGUCCUGGAAGUUGCCUGUGGAAGGAAGGGUAUUCCUAUGCAGAUACAUGAAUAUAUCUGUAAUACAGCACAGGCUGUGUCUCCGACUUGCUGUGAACUUGCCGUUGUGUGGCCUGAGCUAAAGUGCAUUGGACUGGGUGGCUGUUAAGAGUAGGGAAUACAAGUGACCAUGGAAAGCUGAUGCAGCAGGCAGUGCCAGUUCCUUCGAGAGCCACACAGUAGCAAGCCUUACACUUUUAGAGUUCAUGACUGGGGCACCCAUUCAUAUUGCAACAUGACUUCAACACCUUGAAAACAAAGGAGAUGGCCGUAUCUACACUUUUAAAAACCUCAAGCAGUGUGCCUGGUGUGUUCUGACUGACGGUGGAACAUAUUAGCAAGAGAGCUAGCCACGUGCAUGUUGACUGAAAAGGUAGAAAAGUUUGCAAGCAUGAAGUAGUGGUUGCCAGGUAACCUUUUUUCCCAGUUGAGGUUUCAGAAUAGCUACAAGAUUCUCUCUUCUGGCACUUCCUAGUAUUGGAAUCAUCCUUUCCUAGCAGUACAUUCUUACAUUCUGCAUCCUCUUGCAUGAGUAGCCAUUCUUUAGUGUAGAGGUACCUUGAAAUGUUUAGAAGCAGAGUGCCAUGCUAGCAGUACACGUCCUGGCCCUGUUUGACCUUCUGAGUUCAGUGGGGGUGAUGGCUCUUGGCCUGGGUAGUGCCAUUGCUGCUAAGUGCAAGGAGCAAAUGUCGUUUCUGCCCCAUGUAGUGGCUUGUGUUGAUCUCCAUGCAAGCAUGGACUUCGGAAGACUUACAAUAGCACAUGGGUGAGGGAACUUUUCUAGAGACCGUGGACCUCCAAAGGCAUAGCUGUUUAAAGCAGUUCAUUUUAGUUACGCAAAUUCUCAACAACUUAAAAGAAACCCUAGGAAGGAGAUUGAAUAUUCCAGCACAUUAAGCUCAUGAGGGCAUGGAAAACUACAAGGUUGUGGAAUCAGGAUGGGACUCAUUCUAAUGGCAGCAAACUAAUAAUCAGUUUGAAUUACUUACAGUGAUGUGAUUGCCAUAUGUAACUUCAUUCUUUUCCACCUACAAGCAUUUAGUGAGAGCUUCGACCUCCUUUUUUUUUUUUUGUUUAAAACUAAACUGCUGUUUGGUUUGAAGCUCUUACUACUCAAAAGCAAAUAGUUUUGCCAUGUUUCCCUGUCAUAUUAUUACAGAUGGUCAGCACUGACAACCGUGAUAUCCUGUGCUCAUACAGAGGAAACAUUUUCCUCUUAGCAAUGGCCUUUUUGCUCUUAGAGGUUGUUGAAUAUUUGAUGGCUAGACUGUGUAGAUGCCACUUUUCUUGGCUAGAAUUUCUACUUGUGUGUGUGCUCUGUUUUCUUUGUAGGAAAUAAAAUGGCAUAAUCUAAUGGGAUGAGGAUUGUCAGAAUUGGGCAUGGGGGGAGUCUGUCUUCAUUUCUGCUUUGUAUAUUGGCAUAUCCAUUUUAUUUUCACGUUCUAGAUGUGAACUGGGGAAAAUAAGCAGUUGCUUUAACAAAGCACUGGGGGGAUUUUUUUGCACUAAAGCUUCUGUAAUUUAACAAUAAAUAUGUUACUGUAAA